AUGACAUAUGACAAGUUUACAAUCACUUAUGAUCCGACUCACAAUAUCCAACUUGACGCACAUGUCCCUAAGAUUGAAGUGAAUAACGAUAAUGGGAAUUUGAAGAACUUGCCAGCUGUAGUUUCCUUUCACGGUGGGGGUUUAGUAGCUGGAUCAAAAGAUGAUCUGUACUUUCCUAGAGAUUUAGCAGAUAAAUUCCUCUCUCAAAAUGUUAUAUUUAUCUCACCCAAUUAUCGACUUCUUUACCCUUCCACUGGAUUUGACAUACUCGCCGACGUUCAUGUCCUAUUCGACUACCUGGCUUCUGACUCUUCCGAGCUGGGUCAACUCCUCGCUCAGAAAAAUACCAGAUUAGAUAUAAGUCGAAUUGGGGUGAUAGGAUUUUCAGGUGGAAAUUACCCUGCUAGAAUUUCUUUAAUGGAUAGUAUAAAUCCUCUCACCCGACCUAAAGUCCAUUGGAAUUUGUAUGGGAUGGGAGGUGAUUUCCUAUUGGAUCAUUGGAUCAAUGUCAAACCUCCAAAUAAAUAUGUACCGGACCUGCCAUUUUUCAAAGAGAAAGUGGAAGGUAUAUUGAAUGAUCCGAAAUAUAAAAAAGAGAAAAAUGGGUUGAGCGAAGCUCACUUGGGAGUGGAAGGAGAUGAACGAGGUAGAAUGGGGCUGUUCGUCUGGUUCAUCAAUCAGGGGAACAUUCUGGACGUAUUACUGGACCAACCUGGUCUAUCAGCUAGAUUGAGAUCUGUACCUUAUGAUCAACGAAUCGAGUUACUUGAUGACGAACAGAUAAAGAUCUUAUCAGUCAUUCUACCUACCACACAACGAAGACCAAAACCAAUGCCGACGCCGACGAUAAUUAUUCACGGUGAAAAUGAUAGGAUUGUCCCCAUAGAAGAAUCUUAUAAACAUCAUCACGGUUUGAAAGAGCUAGGAGCAAGCAAAGUGAAGACCAUCUGGGUGAAAGAUGCGGGUCACGGAUUGUUCGUUGAUGGACAAUGGCCAAAGUUCAUACCUGGCGUGGGAUCAAUAAUGGAUCAGGGUGUAGAGUUUGUCAUGGAAGAGCUGAAUAAGGCGUGA